UGUACUGUAUCUGUGAAAUCAACAGAUAUGUCACAUUCAUAAUUUACAUUUCUGUCUUUGUAAAAAGCCCACAUACUCAAAUAAUGAGAUUAUUUUACAACUUGUUCUGUAUUAAAAGAAAAGUUUUCUAAAACUGAAAUAAGAGCCCUCCUUCACUAUAAGGUAAUCUGUCAGCCUGCAGUCCUUUAACAUCCCUUAUACCUGGCAAGUGGCAACCCUUAUUCCAGUCAAGUAUAGUAAAUAUGAUAGAGAAAGACAGAGCUGUCUAUGGUUUGAACCAUUCAUGAUCCCCUGGGAGCAUUUUCCAUGUAUUGAUUUGUAGGCCAGUGCUGUAUUGCUGAGUGUACAGAGGGAGGGAAAAAUAGAGGGAGAGAAGAGAGCUUGCCAAAGAGAGAAUGAAAAACCUAACAAGCUGAGAAUUACAGGAAGAGAGAGAUUUCACAAAAAUAUAAGGAAUGCAAAGAUAGGCCUCUACUCAUCCUCACUUUUCAGUUCUUUCUCCCAGCACCCUAAUCUGGCUCUCUCUGUCCAGCUGUUUAAAAACAGCUGGACAGGGAGAGAGGGAUACCCAAAACCAACCAAUCCCCAAAGGCUAGGGGUGGGACUUGUGUCCUUGCCUCCUUUUCAACUUGUGGCAAAUUCUCCAGGGAUUAGCUGGGCUCUGCAUCCCCAACAAUUAGUCUGAGGAAGCAAAGGAGAGAAGAAGUCAGGGAGAGACAGAGAAGAAGACGAAGAAGGUACCCUUGGCAGCCAGGAGGAGAGAAUCAAGGGGAAAGAAGAGGUGAAAAAGAGAAAAAAGAAGAAAGAAAGAGAGAAAACAUGUGUGAUUAAAGAAGAGUGAGGAAGAGCAAACAAACAUUCUGUGAAAAGAUGCUCAGGGGAUGUCCAAGUUCAAUGGGUUCUUCUACAACCUGCAACUUCUAAUAUUCCUCAACUGAAUGAAAGGAUUAUUGGGAAGAAUAACAUUGCGAUCCUGCCUAACAACACAAACCCCUACGUAGUAAGCCCCAAAGAGUCCAGUGGGGAUUACUCUCAGGUUGCUUCAAAGUUACAAGUUUUCACUGUGCCACAUCCUUGACUGCUGACGGCCCACUAACCAGAUUUUCCUGAACAGUACACAGGCUGGGCCACCAAUCCCCCAAGCCCGGCCUAGCCUUGGCCGGGACAAAGGCGAAUCCCUCCGAGAUGGGGGUGGCCAAAGCCAUCCGCCGUCUCAGUGGAGGUGGAGGUGGCGGUGUGGGAGAGCUCCGAGAAGAGGUAUCGGUGGAGUCCCCUACAACCUGUCACAAUGGCAAGACCACUCUGGCCCGCCAGCGCAGCCGCUUUGUGAAGAAAGAUGGCCACUGCAACGUUGAGUUUAUCAAUGUUUGUGAUAAGGGCCAGCGGUUCCUUUUUGAUAUCUUCACCACAUGCAUAGACGUCCGCUGGCGCUGGAUGAUCGUAAUUUUCUGUCUCUCUUUUGUCCUGUCCUGGCUUAUUUUUGGCUUCCUCUUCUGGCUCAUUGCUUCUUUACAUGGGGACAUUGCACCUGACCAGCCACUAGACGCCAAGCCCUGCUUCUCAGAGGUCACUGGCUUCACAGCUGCUUUCCUUUUCUCUCUGGAAACCCAGACAUCGAUUGGGUAUGGCUUUCGCAGUGUCACAGAGGAGUGCCCUUCUGCUGUCGUGGCUGUUGUUUUCCAGUGCAUACUGGGAUGCAUAAUUGAUGCUUUCAUUAUUGGAGCAAUCAUGGGCAAGAUUGCUAAACCCAAGAAACGCAAUGCAACCCUUAUCUUUAGUGAGACUGCUGUGGUUGCCAUGCGUGAUGGGAAGCUUUGCCUCAUGUGGCGUGUGGGCAACCUGCGUAAGAGCCAUCUGGUAGAGGCUCAUGUCCGCGCACAACUGCUGAAGCCUCGUGUGACCCCUGAGGGUGAGUAUAUCCCCCUGGACCACAACGAUGUCAAUGUGGGCUUCGACAGUGGCACUGACCGCAUCUUUCUGGUGUCACCAGUGACAAUUGUACAUGAGAUUGAUGCCGAAAGCCCCCUUUAUGAAUAUGGUCCUUCAGAUCUGGCUGAGGCUGACUUUGAACUGGUGGUCAUCUUGGAAGGUAUGGUGGAAGCCACAGCUAUGACCACACAGUGCCGUAGCUCCUACCUGCCCAGUGAGCUGCGCUGGGGACACCGCUUCGAGCCUGUACUCUUUGAACGGCGCGGCCACUAUGAGAUUGACUAUGAGCACUUCCACCGCACAUACGAGGUACCUGGAACCCCAGCUUGCAGUGCUAAGGAGCUGAGUGAGCUCAAAUACAAGGCACCCCCUGCAGGUGCCACGGCUGCUCGUGCCUCCUUCUGCUAUGAGAAUGAGGUAGCACUCAGUUGCUGUCGUGAAGAAGAGGAGGAAGAAGAAAGGCAGGGCAGCAGGCGGGUAAGCCUGGAGAACGAGAUGUCCACCACCACGUGACAAAACUGAAGUCUUUGGACUGAGGAGGGCCAACGGGAGUUGGGGUAGCGCCAUCAUCACAUUUUGUAUUAUUGGGCAGCUUGGGUAGCUGGCCAAAGAAUAAUGCUUUCACACGUCAUCCACCCUAUUCCCAAAACACAACUGGCAAUGGCUUUCUGGAACAAGUAGUGGUGUUUCUCCCUUCAACCGUUGAAAAAAAGAAAAGCCACUUCUGAGUAUUUGGGCCACCAAUGACAAUCCAAGCUGUUGAAGAGUUUUAAAGAAUAACAAAUAGGGGAGGUGGGGAACACAUGCAAAAGCCAUGGGAAAAUUUGGAUAGGGAGAAAGUGUAUGUUCCACUGGUCUUUAAAUAGCUGGAGUAUCACCUGGCUUAGAGUAGUGUGAUUUCUCGUUGUGGCUGUUCAGGUUGGAUCUUGAUGAAUUAUAACCAAGUGAUUAUUGUAUAGAAGUCCAAGAAUAUAUGAGAGGGGGACUUAAUUGUCCUCUAUCAAGGAAAUCUCCCUCACGUGGGUCUGGGCGAAGAAUGUCUUAUCUGUGGGGCUUUAUAAUGAAUGGAAGGCAGUAGGGUUCAGUAAAAUCUCAGUGGAAUUUCAGGGAAUUGGAAGGUGUCUAUAACUUCUUGGUAAGAGGGUGGUUUGUUUUUGUAGAUUUUUAGUGGUGUGUGUUUCUUUUUUUGCUAUAAGGGCUAGACAUUUUAUGACAAAUGGGUGAUAAUCUGCACAUGAUCUUAACCCCCUGAAAUGUGUUCAUCAAGUCUAAAGGAAAAACCCCUGGUUCAAAUUACAGCAAAAAAACUGGAAAGGCUUGAUUAAAAAAAAACAAGAAAAAGUAUUGCAGGUUUAUCAUGGACUGAGAAUAUUUCUAAUAAGGUAAUAUUUUGUUAUGAGGAAAUGUAUACAUUGCAUAACAUGUAUCAACUGCAAGCCAAGUGUUCUCAUUAAAAGAAAUUAAAUUGAAACUA